UCAACAGCAGGAUGGGUGCCAACAAGCCUCGCGGUAUCCAGGCAGCUCGCAAGCUCCGUAACGAUCGCCGUAUCGCUCGAUGGGCCGACAACAACUAUAAGAAGCGAGCACUCGGGACAGCAUACCGAUCAUCACCGACCGGUGGCUCGUCCCACGCAAAGGGCAUCGUCCUCGAAAAGGUCGGCGUAGAAGCCAAGCAGCCCAACUCUGCCAUCCGCAAAUGUGUCCGAGUUCAGCUCAUCAAGAACGGCAAGAAGGUCACUGCCUUUGUGCCCAAUGACGGCUGUCUCAACUUUUUGGACGACAACGACGAAGUCCUCAUCUCUGGCUUCGGACGAAAGGGCAAGGCAAAGGGUGACAUUCCAGGUGUCCGCUUCAAAGUCGUCAAAGUAUCCGGUGUCGGCCUGCUAGCGCUCUGGUCGGAGAAGAAGGAGAAGCCAAGAUCAUGAUUGUUGCUAUGCUAUCAUGAUCUGCAUGC